AUGUUGUGGGUGUUGUGGGGGUGGGUGGUGUGGGGGGGGUGUUUGGGUGGGGUAGGGUGGGUGGGGGGGGGGGUGGUGGGGGGUUGGGGGGUGUGUUUGGGGGGGGUGGGGGGGGUUGUUGGGUGGGGAGGAGGGGGGGGAUGGGGGGGGGGGGGGGGGUGGGGGUUUGGGGGGGGGUUGGUGGGGGUUGGGGGGGGGGGGGGUGUGGGUGGGGGGAUUGGGGGGGGUGGGAUGGGGGGGAGGGGUUGGGUGUUGGGUGUGUUGGUGUGGGGGGGGGGUGGGUGGUUGGGGGUUGGGGUGGGGUGGUGGUUGGGUGUGUGGGUUGGUUGUGGGUGGUUGGGUGGGUGUGGGGGGGGGGUGGUGUUUGGGGGGGUGUGGGGGGUUGGGUGGGGGGGGGUUUGUGGUGGGGUUGGGGGUGGUGAGGGUGGGGGAAGGGGGGGGGGUGGGUGGGGGUUGUAUGGAGGGGGGGGGUUUGGGGUGUGUGUUGGGGUGGGGGUGGGGUGGGGUGGGGGUUGGGGGGGGGGGGGGGGGGGGGGGGGGGGGGGGGGGUGGGGGGGGGGUUUGUGUGGGUGGGGGUGGGGGGGGGGGUGUUGGGGGGGUUAUGGGGUGUGGGUGGGGGUUGUGGGUGGUGUUUAA